CAAAGGGGCUUCAGUCGAUCCAAACAAUUCCACAAAGAUGCGCAACAACUCAACCUGGCUGGGCGCAACAAUUGGGCUGCUGCUGCUGCUGCUGAUGAUGAUGCUGAUGAUGCUGGACAGCUAUGAGGCAGUCAGCGAGCCCGUGUGCACGUACCGCAAUGCCGAGGACGAGACAGUUUUUCUCAAGUAUUUGCCGCUGUUGAAGAAGGGUCAGGAUUAUGUGGACUUUGGCAAGGAGGGUAAAUGCCUGAAGCGCGCCAUUUGCACGGACACAUUCAAGACCAUUGUCGAGGAAUGCGCCGACCAAAAGGUCACCUGUCUCAACAAGCAGCGCUACACGGGCGUCUUUCCCGCCUGCUGUGUCAAAUGCGCCUAGAUGAGUAUGAAGGAUGAGGUUGAGGAUGCGGCUACGCAUCUCUUUUGCUCUCCUUCACUCACCCAACCUCUGGCUGGAGCAUAUACAAUAAUAACAAUCUAAAUAUAUAUAUAUAUACGUUGAGCUUAAACAGAAUAUGACUAAAAAUAAUAAUGACAAUAUUUCUUGGUAUACCGUUUUA